AUGCCUCAUUUCACCCUUACUUCUGACACGCCAUGGAAGACCACAUUCUGUGACGCGUCUGGGCAAGUCGUCUAUAAGACCGAAUCGCACCGCGUUUUCCUGGGUCCAAGGAAAAUGAACAUCACUCGCCUUCUGCCUCACCCUACAACGAUCGCUGAAAUUGAUUACCGUUAUACAUCGAAUUCAAAGAUACGGUAUGGGGGUCAGGAGACGAAAAGUGACAAGUUCUUCCGGAAGGAGGGGUGGUCGUGGAACGGACGAGGAAGACUUUUCACUGGGCCUGACGGACAGGAGUAUGUCUGGAAGAUGAAAGACGAGAAUUGUGUGGUUAGUGCACACAAUCUGCAUCUUCUAAAUGGGAAGCUUAGUAGCCUAAUAUGUUAUAAGCUUUACUGGAAAGGGAACAAAGAAACGCCCGCCGCUACGUACCACCCACCCAAGUCAGGCUUAUUCAGGAAAGGCCGCCCAGGCUCACUCGAAAUUCGCUCAGAAGUCAUGUAUAUGUGCGACCUCGUCGUCAUGACCUUCAUCUACAUCGAAAAGUUCAGACAGGACCGAUUGGAAGAGAACGACUUCAUUGACGACGCAAUUGAAAAUUCUGCUGGGGAAUAG